UCCUCACUCCUCGCCUGAAGCCCUCGCCCCCCUCUCGAGCCUCAUUCCUGAUUCCUCAGUCUCGUACAUGCUCUCAUUAUUUCUCCCCAAAACACAACCCUAGCCUCCAUCGCGCCGCUGUUGGUUUCACCGACGCCGCCUGGUUCGUCGUAGUCGUUCGCCAAGCCUCCUGUUUCGUCGUGUUCGAAGGCCCUUCCAUUCCUUCAACGUCAGCGUCUCCAGGUCCUGCUCCGCCGUCGUCUGUCUGUCGUGAUCGUCGCCAGCUCCCCGUCGUCCGUCGCCAGCUCCCCGUCGUCCGUCGCCAGCUCGGCAGUGUUCGUCGCCAGCUUCCCGUCGUCCGUCGCUCUCCCUCAAAUCUCUGGUCACUUCCCUCGCCGAAGGCAUGCACUUGGUGGCUUUGAUGGAAGCACAAUGGUGUCGACCAUUGAAGUGUUUGAUCCUCGUCGUGAAGCAUGGAUAACCGGGGAACCCAUGAAUCAUCCUCAUCGAGAAGCACAAUAUGGUGUCUACUAACCCUUUUUUUUUUAAUUAUAUAGGCAUCUUUAACCAAUUCUCCCAAGUCUAUAUGUGAGCUACCACCAGUUCCCCCUUCUUCUAGGGUAAUAUACGAAACUGAAUUUGCAGAAGACCAGGCAGUUGUUUAUGCUUCUAAAUGAGUUUUUAGUGUUACUCCUGACCAUGAUUAUAUAAAGGUAAUGAAUUCAAAUUGGACUUGAUACAUUGAUCGCCUCCUAUUGUCCUUAGUUGCCACCAUCUUUGAUAUCGCCAGUAUUUUCAUCUCACAAACACACAGUAUCCUGUAAUCAGACAUGAAUUUGUUGAAUACAGUCCCUUCAUCAGCGCCUCCAUGCCCUUAUCUACCUUUGCGCACCCACUCUAACCUGUCCAAGUCACUCCAAUUCUCAUAUCCGAAACCAUCCAAAUUCACAUCUUAUGGAGCAAGGCUCUGCGAGCUCUUUGAUUUGCACCAAGAGCAAGUCCCUUAUGAAGUGGCAUGGUCUUGGCAGAAAGACAUUGUGAAGGAAAAGAAGGCUCAGCUUGAGAACGAAGGAGAUUGCAGUGACACCCUUAUUGUUCUGCAGCACCCUUCCGUGUAUACAUUGGGUACUGCCAGUACCAAGGACAACCUAAAUUUCAACAUCAACAAUGCACCCUUUAAUGUUUAUCGUACUGAGCGAGGUGGUGAAGUUACAUACCAUGGUCCUGGCCAGCUAGUUCUGUACCCUAUUAUCAAUCUAAGAAGACACAAGAUGGAUCUACAUUGGUACCUCAGGACGCUGGAAGAGCUUGUCAUUCGUGUUCUUUCUUUGACAUUUUCCAUUCAAGCUUCUCGAGUGGAAGGUUUAACCGGUGUCUGGGUUGGAAACGAGAAAGUUGCAGCUGUAGGUAUAAGAGUGUCUCAUUGGAUAACAUACCAUGGCUUAGCACUUAAUGUCACAACAGAUUUGACUCCCUUCAAAUGGAUCAUCCCAUGUGGCAUACGCAACCGCGAGGUUGGAAGCAUUAAAGGGUUGUUACUGAGAGAAGCUCAAUCAUCAAAUAUGGCUGCUAAUGGAACAAAUGAUCUGCAUUCUAUUAUGCAUGAUGAUGGCGGUCUAAUUGGUAUUACUCGCAACUCCUUGAUUGAAGAGUUUUCAAAAGUGUUUCAGCUUGAGUACUGUCACAGAACUAUUUCUGUACCUAUGUUGUAUGAAAGGAAUCAAAGUGAUAUCGUUACUGAAACACAGCAAAGUUGAAUUUGUUUGAUAUCA